AUGGUUAGUCUCUUUUCUUCACCAAAGAGAUCGAGGAAAGGAAGCAAAGAAAGCAAGAACCCUUAUUCAAAUCGCGGACUCGACAAGUUCUCUGCACUUCUCUCUGAGCUGGAUGAGAAGAGACAGAGCAUUUACGCAAAGAGGCUCGACUCAGAUGGGCCGCCUCUUGUUCGAUUUGUGUUCAAAAGCUCCGGCGAAUGCGUCCCUAUCAUGAUCAAGACAAAGAAGGCAGGUAAGAAGGAGAAUGCUCAAGAUGAUUUCAAGGUCAAUAACGAAACAAAAACAGAGGAAGAGAAAGAAAUAAAGAAAACAGAGUCAGAAACAGAGCAAAAACAGAGCUGUAUAUUGAACGAGAAUCUGAAGAAGAUUUCAAGACCGAACCAUUUCUUGCCCGUGACAGCGAUAUUGGUUCUAAUCUUCUUGGUGUUCUUCGGACGAACAGUCUCGAUCUUGUGCACUUGUAUCGUUUGGUACUUAGUUCCAAUGAUCAAGGAACAGAGCAGAAACAGAGGGUCAAAAUACGAGACCAAAAAUAAUAAGAAGAAAUCGAAUAUCGACAACAAAGCAUCGUUUAACCAGAAAACGUCUCGUGACCAUCUGGCUGCUCAUGGAAAAACGCGGUGA